AGAAGCACUUGUUAAUUCCGGUCAUACUCAAGAACGUAUGGCAAAGAUAUCGAAAUAUAGUUACAUAUGUAGCCUACAUUUUACAGAAAACUGCAUCGAGAAAACUGGAUUUUCAUGUCGGUUGAAAUCAAACUCUGUGCCAACAAUAUUUCCAAAUGCACCGAAAGAAAAUACGGCUGAUCUGGAGAAUACUGAACCAUCUAAUAUGCCAUCCGUAAUAUUUGAAAGUAUUAGUCAACGUGAAGAGGAAAUUUAUGAAACUCCCUCAAAAAAGCGAAUGUGCUAUGCAGGUGAUAUAAAAACAGCAGAAAUGAAAAAUAUGUCACCGAGGACGUUAAUUAAAGCGAUGGAAAUAUUAAAGAGGUCAUGCAACAAGAAGGACAAAAUAAUUAAUCGAUUGAAAGUACAACAAUAUCGCCAAAAGAAAAGAAUUGACAGCUUACAGACCUUAUUGUGUGAACUUCGUACAAAGGGUCUCCUUUCUGCGACUUCAUCAGACAUUGUACAGGUAUUGAAAAGUCUUCUUUCUUUUCUUGGGAUUUAUAUGGCUCCACUUUCUUGCAGGGCGUGACACUGCCAAGAAUCUUCGUGGGGUAUAGGAAUUGAUGCGAUUCAACUACUCUUCAAACUCGAAAAUGUAUAUGUGUAUGUGCGUAAUUGUGUGUGUGUAUGUCUACGGUGUUGGAAACUUGGAACAAUUCGUAGGUGCAUUGGACACAAGGAACUGCGCGGAUCAAUUCCCCCUGCGGCCAGGGUAUUGAAAAGUGGAAGCACAAAAUAUUUCUAUAAAGCCAGAAAAAUUUGAUUAUGAAAAUAAACAUCUGAUUACGUGUGUAAGAUGUAUCAUUACAUUUAAUUGUACAUUUUAAUUUACAAAACUGAUCGGAAACGUCUGCCCUAUAGCAAUUGACAUUAAGUUAUAGCUUAUAAGUUACGCACCAAUAACCAUAAUUUGGGCAAUUGUGAGUGCAAUUACCCAAAUUGUAAUCCUACUUUAUUGGUUUUAUCAUCGAGAGCCUAUAAAUGUAUUA